AUGGUCACAAGAACAAAGAAAAUAUUUGUCGGUGGAUUAUCGGCUAACACGGUAGUGGAGGACGUGAAGCAAUACUUCGAGCAGUUUGGCAAGGUGGAGGACGCCAUGCUUAUGUUUGACAAGACGACCAACAGGCAUAGAGGAUUUGGCUUCGUAACUUUUGAAAAUGAAGACGUGGUGGAAAAAGUCUGUGAAAUUCAUUUCCACGAAAUCAAUAAUAAAAUGGUAGAAUGUAAGAAAGCACAACCUAAAGAAGUGAUGUUUCCACCAGGGACGAGAGGAAGGGCACGUGGAUUACCGUAUACCAUGGACGCGUUUAUGCUAGGGAUGGGAAUGUUGGGUUACCCAAAUUUUGUUGCAACGUAUGGCCGAGGAUACCCCGGAUUUGCCCCAAGUUACAGCUAUCAGUUCCCAGACUAUUUGCCGAUUUCACAAGACAUAAUUUUUAUCAACUAG